GAAGAAGAGAAGGAAGAGGAGGAAGAGGAGGAGGAGGAGGAAGAAGAAGAGCUGGAACAGGAGGAAGAAGAGAACAUGUCUAUUCCAAGCUUGUCCAAUUCUGUAAUUGUCUUUAGAAUGCUUUCAGCCAGUGAUACAAAUCUGGGAAGAGAACUGCUAGAAGCAGCUGCCAGUGGUAUGCCAGUGCUGCUGAGAAAUGUGGAGCUGGGUCUGUGGUGUCCUGAGUUGCUGUGGCUUCUUCAGAGGGAGCAUCUGUGCCUUCCUGAAGUACAUCCCAACUUCUGCCUGUACCUGAGCACCAGCCUGCACCUUGAGGCUUUGCCAGCAGGUCUGAGCUCAGAGACACUGAAGGAUAUGAAUAUAAUAGAAAUGCACACAAUUCGGGAGGUGUUAGAGGAACAGCUUUUACAGGAAAUCAUAAGAGCCGAGAAGCCAGAUUUGGAGACAAGAUGGCAUAGCCUGGAGCUCAACAUACUGAAUACUUAUGAUCGAAUUGAAGCUAUUCAGGAAAAGCUGCUGAAGAUGGUGUUAAAUACAGAAACAGAGCAACUAGGCCGAAACUAUCUUCUACGGGACCUGCUGUGCUACCAGGCAGAGCUCUAUCAACAGAAGGCUCACCUGGAAGAGCUGAAGGAGUUGGAGGCCCAAGAGGCCGAGUUUCAUACACAGUUCCGGGAUGUGGCUUGUUUGGGCACCGCCAUAGCUCAGGCCACAUCCUCCCUGCAGAAUUUACACCCCAUGUACCCCUUGGCCUUAGACAACUGUCUGACAGUGACCCGCCGGACUCUGGCCAGCAUUGACCACCAGCUUCCCCCACAGCAUGGUGAAGACCUGGAGAGCCACCUUCAGGAUUUGGGAAACCGAUUAACUCGAAGGCUGCUGAACAAUACUCUGCUCUCCUUGCAGCCCCGCCAUGGACCCCUCGUAGGGGCGUUGGGGGCCCUGGCCUUGCUGCAGCUCUCUGGGCAGGCUCCUGUCCUGGAGAGGCUAGCGCUGUGCCCAGGACUAGCAGCCUCCCCAGUGGUGGACCAGAAAGUGCUGAGCUCAGAUGUGGCCUGCCCCUCCUGGCUGGGGCCCAAAGCCUGGAAGGAGUGUGGCUUGCUGGAGCUGCUGCCCCCCUUUGUGGGCCUGAGGACUUCCUUGGCUGCCAACUCAGGGGCCUGGCAGGAGUAUCUAAGUUUGCCCUCCACAGUGGUGGGUCAAACCCCGGGCCUUGGCCCCAAGCCCCUGAGCUUGCUUCAGAAGCUGGUACUAUGGCGGGUACUACAACCAGAGCGGCUGGCCAAUGCCUUGGCUGACUUUACCACCUGCCUCCUGGGACGCUCUUUAUCUGAAGAUAAGGUUCCGGCUAUCAACCCCUACAAGCUGAGCCGCCCCACACGGCCCCUGAUUGUGCUGAUGCCCCCACCAGGCCACCCCACUGCCUCCUCGCACCCCUUACCCUUCAUCUGGAAACUGGCGUGCCAACAGAAGAAGGAGCAUCCGCAGGUCAUUGGACUGGGUUCCUCUCUAUGGGACUCUUCUCAGGCUGUGACCACAGCCCUCAGCGAAGCCAUGAGAAAGGGCAACUGGGUAGUGUUGGACAACUGCCAUCUGAUGUCGUCUUGGUCAUCUGAGCUCCUGGAAUCUUUGUUGGGGAUGUUAGAUGGGGCUCAGGUGACAUCAGAAGUUUUGCCUCAGGUCUUGCACCAACCUGUGACCAGACAUAAUCUAAUUAUAAAUAAGAAUUUCCGGCUAUGGCUUAUUUCCUCCAUUAAUGCUAUUGACUCCCUUCCAGUGGUGGUGAUACAUCAUUCAGUUCCUAUAUUCUGGGAGCAGUCACUAGAACUGGGCCACAUCCUGAUAUGCAGCCUGCAUGAAAGAUCUGAGCAAAUCCCAAGGUGUCUGGACAGCUCCCAAACCUCAGUAUCCCUAACUUUGUCUGUGCCAGUGAUGUUCCUGCACAGCCUUCUGUUGUACCGGCAGCUCUAUGGGCCCUGGCUGCAGGCCAAAUGUGGCAAAUGGAAUCAAAUGGUUCUGAAACAGACUCUAAAAGUACAGGAAUGGAUAUGGAAGAAAUUCAGCAAUCACUGGGUGGCCCUGCAAGAGCUGACUGGAGCAAUUUUUUAUGGUGGUGCUGUGGCUGAUCAUGAAGACCAGGCUACCAUAUUCAGUCUUGCCCGGGUCUGUCUGGACUCCAAAAGUAAACUGAAACCAGGCAGUUUUACCCCACAGAAACUGUUGGCCAGCCUUACACCAUGCCCAGGUAUGUCAGAGCUGGAGGCAUCCUCGGAGGUGGAGGCCCAAGCACACCUGAUAGCCUCACACUUUGAGCCUCGCUGCUAUGGAGUCAGUGAAGGGCCCCAGGCCUGGUUAGUAAAGAAGAAGAGUCGGGCCCUGUGGGCAUCUCUAUACAAGGCCCAAAACUCCUGGGAGCCCUCAGGACUGCCUAGUGCCCAAAUGCAGGUCCAUCAUCAGAUGGAGCAUCGCCUGAAGCAUCGAGUGUCCCAGGCUAUCCGGAGACUGAAAGCACUGCAGGCCAUGCUGACCUUGAGCUCUCCUAGCCAGCCUUUUGCGGGGAGCUCCUUCAAAGGGCUGCAGACCCUGGAAGGCUUCUUAGAGGGGGAAGCUACAGUAUUAAGUAUGCUGAUGCUCGAGCUCCUUAGUGACUUGAGCUGCCUGGAGAGCCAGCUGGCUGGGAGCCUUCCCUGCUCUUCCCCACGAUGUGAAAAGGUGGCCAUAGCUCUGCGGGCUGGCCGGCUGCCUCCUCCCUGGCGGUGUCACAUGUCUGCUGGGCCCCAGCCUCCCUGGCUCUGGCUGCAUCAGCUGUGGCACCGGGGCCAGCUGCUAACCAGAUACUUAAAUCUAUGUGCACAGCUGGAUCUGGGGAGGUUUGAACAGCAGAAUCGCUCAUUUCACCUGUCUGCCUUCCAUCAUCCCAGAGGGUUAUUCCUGGCUAUUCGCUGGGAGGCUAGCCACAACUGGAUUAGUCCCUACAACACUCUAAGUUUAAGGAUAAGUACAAUUUCUGGCCGUGGCCGUCCGCCCCCGUCCUGUCCUGCCUCCUACCCUGGGGCCCACCCUCACUUCCAGCUUAAACCCAGUUUUAUUGCCCCCUCCCAUGACUCACCCCCAAGACAGGAGCGUAGCAGACCCAGAUCUGUUCAGCAGAGUCAUGGUCUUGACCUCCGGAGUGGCUCUGAAGCUGGUCUUGGACCCGAUUUCAAUCGAGGCCUUACAAAUAGAUAUAGUGCCUAUAGCCGACUUGGUGGGAGCACUGGCAUCAGCUCCAGGCCCAACGUGGGCCACUUCCUGGGUACCAAUUUUGUCUUUGGUUUUAAUUUCAACACUGCCAUACCUCGACAAGGGAUCCAAGGAAUCAGCCUUCACUUUCGGGUGGAAUGUGGACCCACACCCUCAGCUUCUGAGGAUGGUCUUCUAAUAAUGGGACUGCUUCUCCAUCAUGCUGAAUGGAAUCCUGAGGCCAUGGCCCUGCAAGAUGGGCAAUCGGGCAAGCCCAGCCCUCUGCCCCCUGUUAGUGUUAAUCCCCACUUCACUAACCAAGAGCCCCCCUUGCCUUUCUCUCCUCUGCCUUUCUAUCACUGUCCUGUCUACCUGGGAGGACUCCUGGGCCACUCACAGCUCGACAGUGCCCACCUCUUGUUCCAUCUGCCACUGCCCACCAAACUCUGUCCUGACAUCUGUGUUCAGCGCAGGGUGUAUGUGUGUAGUCCACCCCUGACUUGAGCCAAAAUUUGAAUAAAGGAUGGAAAUG